AUGACGCGCCCGGCUCGAGGCAGCAUCCCCAGCUUCCACGGUCCUCCACUCACCAUCGUCGCACAACACCACGACGGCACCGGCGAACACAGCACAUUGCUAUCCCGCGGCCUCAUCUCGCCUACCAAGAACACGUCCAGAUCACCAUCGUCAAGCCCGAAGAAGCCGUUGCGCGCAGGAAAGAAGCACAGAACCAUGGCUUCUUCGUCUAGCUCCACCUCGCUGCUUUAUGCAUGCAUCGCCCACGACACCACCGUCCUUGCCGAACACACCGCCUCCGCCAGCUCCAAUGCCUCCUCCCUAAUCUCCAUGAUCCUGCCCCUGAUCGCCAAAGAGAACCCGCCCGAAACCCGCCGCUCCUACGACAAAGACACCCACUCUGUCCACCUGCUCAUGCGCAAGCCCGCAAACUCCAAGUCUCCAGGCCGCCUUAUCUUCCUCGUGGUCGCGGAGAAAGCCGCGGGCAAAGGCGUCCCGUACGGCUUCUUGCAGACCCUACAGGACAAGUUCUUCGCGCAGUUCGAUGUCGAUGAUACCGCUUUCGGAGAGCUGCCGAGUUAUGGGUGCGCGAGCUUUAAUGCCGAGUUGAAGCGGCUUAUGAUGCAUCAGGGAGGCACGCUGGCCGGGCAGGAGGAUGCGUUACGCACGGCGCAGCGCGAAAUCGAUGGCGUGAGGGAGAUCAUGACGGAGAAUAUCGAGCGCGUGCUCGAGCGUGGAGAGCACAUGAGCGUGCUUGUCGACAAGACGGGUCGGCUGGGCGAGAACGCGAGAGAUUUUCGUGUGAGGAGUCGCACGCUGCGGAGGAAGAUGUGGUGGAAAAAUGUCAAGUUGAUGGUGUUGUUGUUUGUGGUGUGUUUGUUCUUGCUUUACAUCUUCGUUGGGUUUGGCUGUGGGUUACCUGCCUGGGGCCGCUGCCUGCGUCGCUAA